CACUCUUUUUGUGUCCUUGCUUAAGUAAUAUUAUCAAUGAGCAGCAAGCAUACGAGACGCUAAAUUGUGAACGCUUCAGUAACAUUUUAAUUGUUUUUAUGAAUGUAGUAAUAGCUGUUAAUGUAGCUUUAAGACGAUUAUUCAUAACGAAAGGUUACAUCAUGGAGAAGAUGAGCUAAUGUUAGCUAACGCGAGUAAAGCAUCAAGUCUUAACUGCUCACUGACAUUAGGAAGCACAUUGAAGUGCUAAUCAGUGCGAUAAGCCAUAUGUUAUUGUAGGUGUGUCUGUCAUGAUGUCUGCACUUUAUCGAUGCGUUUUGUUCAACCGGGUUUCCAAAUCUAAAACCCGCACAGGUCUGAUACAGGUGAUGAGAUUUGGAUAUAAUGUGCUUCCUCCUCAGUGGAAGACAUGCAGGAGCUUCCUGCAAGCUGCCAACAAAGCCACAAACCAGCAAACUAAAAAUUUAAGUAACGUUGCUAUGGCUCACAAAGCAGGGAAGCGAAGUUUUUCUUGCUCAAGUUGUCUGUCGAAUAAAUCGUUAACUGAGGAUGGAAAAGCUGGAGUGAAGAGAGUUUCCAUCGAGGGCAACAUUGCUGUUGGAAAGUCGACCUUUGCAAGACUCUUGAAAUCAGCUUGUCCAGACUGGGAGGUGGUGGCAGAACCUGUCAGCAAGUGGCAGAACAUUAAAAGUGGGACCUCGAAGGGGCCAGGUGCAUCCCCUCAGACAACAGCGUGCAACCUGCUAGAGAUGAUGUACCAGGACCCCCAGCGCUGGUCUUACACGUUUCAAACAUAUUCCUGCAUGAGCCGGCUGAGAACGCAGCUGCAGCCUCCUCCAGCUCACCUUCUCAGCUCAGAGAGAACACCUGUCCAGGUGUAUGAGCGCUCGAUCUACAGCGACAGAUAUAUCUUUGCUCUGAAUAUGUUUGAGCUCGGUUGUAUCAACUCGACAGAGUGGGCCGUCUACAAGGAUUGGCACUCUCUCCUGGUAGAGCAGUUUGGACACCAGGUGGAGCUGGAGGGCAUCAUCUAUCUCAGAGCCCAGCCAAAGAAAUGUAUGGAUCGCCUGGAGCACCGGGGAAGAGAGGAGGAGAAGGGAGUGAAGCUGGACUAUCUGGAAAAGCUGCAUAUUCAACAUGAGAGGUGGCUUGUUGACAAGAGCACUGAAAUACAUUUUGAGAAGUUGAAACAGAUACCUGUGUUACAACUCGAUGCCAGCGUGGAGUUUCAGAGUGACCCAGAGGUGCGGGAGCAAUUUAUAACACAGGUGAAGAACUUCUUCAAAGCUUUAUGAGAAGACAGUCAUCAGGUACCAUCAACCAUCAGACCUCAGUCACUCAAGUUUGUUAACUGACAUAUAAAUGCAUAUGAGCCACAUGUAGAGUGAAGGAACUAUGGAGUAAUAUAAAAAAUGUUUUCUCUUAUUGAAAAGCUGCUGUUUCUACAUGACCAUAUUCGAUAAAACACACAGAUUGAGUCUCUAUUUAAAUGUGCUUCUGUUAAAAAGUUUUAGAUUGUUACAUUUUUUCAGGGUUUUUUAUGUUUGCUUGGUUGGUUUUUUGUUUGUUUUGAGAUAUGUCAUAAAGUUUGCUCUUCUACUGUACGAUAUAUUCUACUUGGAAUUUUAAAAGGAAUUCUCCCUCACACAGUAACGCUCACAGCUGUGUGAUUGAAACAGAUUGAAGUGAAUUAAUAUAUAGCCUGUCGAAGUUGUUAUCUGUACUUUUACUACAAUGAACUCAGUUUACUUGACAUUCCUCACUGGCUGGAACAAGCAAAUAGAACAAGCAAAUACUACAGAUAUGUUGCUCUUAAAAUAUGUCAAUAAAUAAUUUGUUUUCUAAAAUCUGAGAUGUGCUGUCCUUUUUAUUAUCACACAUUUUCUAAGGUUUU